UUCAGGGCGGAGCAGGCGGAAGUAGGGUGAAAAGCGGCUACAACGCCGAGCGGAGGAGCUAGGAACCUGAUUUCCAGAAGCAGCUGGGUAGGCACCAUGGCCGGGAACUCCACCAUCGAGGCGGUAAAGCGCAAGAUCCAGGUUCUGCAGCAGCAGGCUGAUGAUGCGGAGGAGAGGGCCGAGCGCCUCCAGCGGGAAGUGGAGGGAGAAAGGCGGGCCCGGGAGCAGGCUGAAGCUGAGGUGGCCUCCUUGAACCGCAGGAUCCAGCUAGUUGAAGAGGAGCUGGACCGUGCCCAGGAGCGCCUUGCCACUGCUUUGCAGAAGCUAGAGGAAGCGGAAAAGGCUGCUGAUGAGAGUGAGAGAGGUAUGAAGGUGAUUGAAAAUCGGGCUCUAAAAGAUGAAGAAAAGAUGGAACUCCAGGAAAUCCAGCUAAAGGAAGCAAAGCACAUUGCAGAAGAGGCAGAUAGGAAGUAUGAAGAGGUGGCUCGUAAGUUGGUGAUUAUCGAAGGAGACUUGGAACGUACGGAGGAACGCGCCGAGCUUGCAGAGUCCCGUUGCCGAGAGAUGGAUGAGCAGAUCAGACUGAUGGACCAGAACCUGAAGUGUCUGAGUGCUGCUGAAGAAAAGUACUCUCAAAAAGAAGACAAGUAUGAAGAAGAAAUAAAGAUUCUUACUGAUAAACUCAAGGAGGCAGAGACCCGUGCUGAGUUUGCUGAAAGAUCGGUAGCCAAGCUGGAAAAGACCAUUGAUGACUUGGAAGACGAGCUCUAUGCCCAGAAACUGAAGUACAAGGCCAUUAGCGACGAGCUGGACCACGCCCUCAAUGACAUGACCUCUAUAUAAGCUGAAGUGCACCAAAGAGGAGCAUCUCUGUACACAAAGGAUGCUGGACCAGACCCUGCUGGACCUGAAUGAGAUGUAGACCUCCCCCAUCCCUGCCCUGCGGCCUCUCUUCCCUCUGACCUUGACUCCCGUCUGUGGCCAGCCUCCCAGAAGCUGACCUUGAAACUGAGGGCUGAUCUUUUUAACUGAAGGCUGCUUUCCCUCCUGUCACCCCCUUCUACCCUUCUUGUCUUUUUCACAAAACUGUGUCAGCCUCUUCCCAGAGUUCCAGCUGGAGGGGCUGAACACCUUUGGGAACAAUAUUUAAGGGAAUGUGAGCACAACGCAAAGUGUCCUCAAUGCAGUUGUGAUAUGCACAUUGUGGUUACUUUUUGUCUUAGCAACCCUUUUUAACAUUCCAAGCACUUCUGCAGCUUGGAGCAGCACAUUUUAGCCUAAUGGAUACUGUCUCACCAUGGAGGAGAAGCACAGGAAUGGGCCUGCCUUCCUGAGAGCCAGCAGAGCCCAGGCAGGCUCCACUGUGGGAGACCUCAGUGCUCUGCACUGCGUCUUAGCCAAACAACGGGGAUUCUAGGAAGUUAGCCAAAAACAAAAAACUCUUCCGGGCUGUGAAGGGUUUCAGCUUUGAUAUCUUUGAACAACUUUUACACUUAUUUUAUUUUUUACUUUUUCCAUCAAAUGUGACCAAAUAAGACGCUGAGACAGCCCCACCUCCCAGGGCCACAUGCAUGUUAGGCAAGCGUGCUACCAUUCAGCCCAGUCCUGAGCCCAAACUUGUCUGAGCUCCACCCCUUCCCCAACUGCUCAAAAUGGAUCAUGCUGCUCCUUAGUGUUGUGGUGACCUCUUAGUGUUCACCUGCCCCCAAGGGAGACAGAGAAGGAGAAUUAUGUUUGUGCCACUGAUUUAGCCACAUGAAAGGCAUCUCAUCGCCCUUUUCCUGAAGCUGCUGUCUCUAAAGUGCCAUCUCAUUGUGCUUUGUAUCAGUCAGUGCUGGAGAAAUCUUGAAUAGCUUAUGUAAAAAAAAAUAAGAACUUUUUAAAUUUUAUAUUAUUUUGAAAUUUUGUUUUGGGGGGGUUGGGUUACCUUGGCCAACCCAUUGGCUGUGAGGAUUCUUUGCAGUCUGUGGGCUAGUGGUAUGCUGAUCUUUCAAGUGUCCCCACCCAAUUGCCAUCCAUGUUCAGGUGGUUUCUUCUCGGCCUGUUAGGUGGGCACCCUGCAGAUUCCUGGCUUGUUUGUACUCUCCUCUGACCGGAGAAAGAGAACCCUGUAGUGCAACUGUUUUGAUACUGAAUAUUGACAAGUGACAUUUUGAAAUAAAGAACCAGUCCCUCCACAA